CAUAUUAUAAACAUGCCAGUUCGACUUUGUGUAGCUAUUUUGACGAGCUCAGUUUUGUCAUGCCACGAAUUCAGAUUUCAGAAUAUAAACCAAAGCUACCAUCACGGGUUUAACAAAUAGUUGGACGUUUUUGCCGCAAAACCGCUUAGUACAAAGUUGUUAUCUACUAUGGUUGAGGCUGUGAUGCCUAGGGUCACCGAAAGGGUACAUCAUCCAAGACAACUUUUUAUCCCGAUUAAUCCCUUUUGAGCUUAAAAAACGCCUGCAAAACUUAGCAUGGCUGUCUUUAAAAUGCACUUAAGAAACAUUGUUGGCGAAUUUUCGGUUUUUAAGUGUUUUUUUGAUGCAAAAGUAAGUUGAAAUACACGAAGGAAGUGAAACAUGGAUGUGCAUGUUAAGCCUGCCUAAGCCACAUGUCGAUGACGGCUGGAUAGUCUUGUGUGUUGUGUGUCGCCACAUGCAUUGUUUGAUGUCAUUCCUUGCGCCAGCCAAAUUAUGCACAAACGCAGCACGCAUACACGGCAGCCAUUUUGAAAGACCCGACUGUGCCAAAUUUUCCGUCACAUUUCUUCACCGUACCUCCCAAAAAUAUCACAUAAUCUCAACGGUAAGUUAAAAGCCAAUGUUGACUAGAAAGUAAUGUACGAAGGCAAGCACAUCCACUUCUCAGAAGACCAGAAACCACUGUGCUCUUGCAGUACCAAAGUCUGCAAACAGCGCCGUCUCAAUGGCUACGCAUUCUGCAUCCGUCACAUUCUGGAGGAUAAGUCGGCCCCCUACUACCAGUGUGAAUUUGUCAACCGGUAUAACGGACUGCCUUGCACGAACCCGAUAAAGCGAGGGGGAGACAGCAAAUACUGUGUCAGCCACUUGCAGGUUUUGGGCCUAGUCCCCAAAAAAGCCAAAAAGAGCAAGACGGGAGAUGUUCCCAUGGAGCAGAAUGAUGACACUAGGACAGAGGAACACAAUGUCAUGAUUGGAGAACGUGUCAACAGGCCGAAAGUGCCCAAGGAGAAGAAGAAGAAAGACAAGCACAAGCGCAAGCACGAGAAACACAAGAACCGAUCGAAGAAGUUGGAUGUGACCCAGGCUGAUACGGAAGUGAACGACAACUCUCUGACUGUCGAUUCCCUGGAGUUGCUGUUGAGGUCCUCGCCUCACCUACCGGUAGCAGAGACGGUGAAUCUUCCCCCUGUGGCUGCCCGCGAUAGUCCCGAAGAUGGCGGCACAACCGAAAAGCCAAAGAAAAGAUCCCGCUCCCGGCAGUCCACACUGCAGGACCGCAUGCGGGACAAGCUGGAGAAGAACAAGGCGCGGUUAAAACUGCAACGGGACCGGGAACUGCAGGCCAGGCUGCAGCAGCCUGGCAAACCACAGUCACCCGAUCAGUGCACUACCUCACCUGCCCCGUCGCUGGCAACCCCAUCCUCCAGUCUUUCCCAGCCCUCGCUGUUCACGGACUUCAGUGACCAUCUACCCUCCAUGCCGCCUCACUUAGCACAUUCCAAGACGAAAGCAGACACCACCAACUUGCCGUUUGCAGUGACCAACCUCCCACCACUAAGUGCCUCUGUUGUGCAAGCCCAAACCAAGAAACCCAGGACGUUGUAUACAAAGAAGUUAGGACUGAAAUCUGUGGACAGUCUCCGAGAAAUUUAUCAAAAGGAAGAAGAGAGACGCUUGGAUCUGUUUUCAUUAGGUUUAGAACACUCAUCAGAUGAAGAUGAAGAGGACAGAUGCUUUCCACACAGAUACAUGCCGAGAUUCCCUGACUGUAGCAGUAGUGAAAUCAGUAUGAGUAAUUCCCCAGACAGACCCACCAGGCAGGAGCGUCUGAACGAGCUAAGUGCCCGCUUGAGGAGCCAGUGUGCCUGUCUAGUGCAGUCAGACCGCGGCCAGCGCAACCAGCGGCUCAGGGCCAAGAGGCUGUGCCUGGCCCUCAUCAAGGCGGCCAGGGAGCACUCCUUUGGCACUGCAGUGUCCCUGCUGGGACUGCGCAGGCAGCCACUGACAAGACCCAAGGUAGAGCUCCCACCAGACAGGACCUGCAUCAGCAAAGAGGAGGGCGGGGAGGCAUGUCAGGAGGAGGCCAUGCCGUACUCGAGACACUGCUAUAGACACAUACUGGAGGAUGAGCACCAGGAGUUAUUCCACCAGUGUUCAGCGGAGUUUCCAGGGGGCUUCCGCUGCAUAGAGCCUGCCUUCGACAUGCAGAACGACAACCCCUUGUGUCUUGAACACAGCAAGAGAAUGCGACUGCAGCCGAAGCAGAAGAAGCCUCGAAAGAAGACAAAACCUUCUGCGCUGACAAGACCCAACAAGAAGAAGAAGAUUCGUCGCAACGUGCGACCUCAGAAGCCAAUACCUCCAGCAGUUCCCCAGUCAAACAGCGGCUUGCCACCAUCGUUCAACAUCGUCAUGUCACGCCCGAGCCUUCCAGAAGACAUUGACCCCGGCGACAUGAACCUUGACCUGGGCAUUGACACCUCGGACCUGCGAAUGACCUCGGAUGCUGACAACUCGGACCUGAACUCGGAGGCCGGCGGCAGUGACCUAUCGGAGAUCUUGCCCAAGUUACCAAUGGAUAUCCCCGAUCUGGCUCUGUUUGAGUCGGAGGAGUUCACAAAGUUCGUCAAAGAGCAUGAAGAAGCUGGUAAGAAUGGAGAUGGUGAUUACAUGCCCAUACCAAUGCCCACCAAGGAGGAGCAGGAGGAACUAGAACGGGCAAUCCUGGAGGUCUCAAAUACAGUCAACUCAGUGCAGGAAUCCUUGGACCAGCUGUCCAAGCAUUCUAUGGACCGGCAUUUACCCACCAGCAAUGCCAUGUUUGACGAUCAGGACAACGGCGGCGACUCGGGCGACCAGGAUGGGAUGGACGGGCUGCCGCAAGACCUCCAGUCAGCUGCAAACCGGUUACUGCAGGACACCAUGCGCCAGAAUUCGGUGGACGCCAUGGGAGCCUCUAUGCACCACCCAGUAGACCUUGCCAACAGCGUGUCGACGAGUAAUAUGGUGGUGACUCAAGCAGCUGGCCCGCUGCAUGUGAUGACCAACAUGUCAGGACAGGCUGGUUUCCAUGACAGCGGGGGUCAUUUUGGCGGAGUUGGAGACCUCAUAGGUCAGAAUCAGAAUGCCUUGCCAGUGGGGCAGUUGCACGGCCAGCAGUUGGAGCCGUUGAGAAUGCCCAACCCCGUCCUCAUGGGCAAUGGAAUAGUCCAGAUGAAUAGUGCAAUGUUGAACCUGCAGCGGCAGAUAGCCAACUCGCCGCAGUCACCCCACGGCAACCCUAUGUCACCUCAUCAUGUGCUGACACCCCACGGUGCACAGAUCAGCAGUGCCAUGCUGCAGCAGCCCAGAACAUUGGCCGGGCAGCCCAGCCCCAUGCACAGCCCGGCCAUCUCGCUGACCUCCAGCAACAACCAGCAGAUGUCACUCCCAAGCUUCCGACAGACCUGGAGCGUGGCGCCCUCCCCUACAGCACACCUGUUGGGCAACAGCAGCCUGCUGGGUGUGAUGAAUCAGCACAGUCCAGACUCCACCCCGAGCCACACCCCGAGCCACACCCCGAACCAUGCCCCUACCCUCUACCCGCAGAUGAAUUUCACCCAGAAGCUUAGCUUCCCAACAAUUGCCACUGAUCUGGCCCUGCCCAAAACACUAGGGACUGCCUUCAACACAAACAACUCGGCCACCAUCAAUUCUGCCGGUCAGAAUCACCUCAGUUAUGUUACAAGUUUAGCACACACCCACGAAAGCAGCACUGAAAGUGUGGCCACCAGCUCAGUGGCAUCAAACUUCACAACGAAAGCGAGUACAGUCACGUGAUAUACAGCGCUGACCCACACCACUUCUUGUUGGUCGUAAACUGCAUCAACUGAUGUUAACGGAUUCUCUUAAAAACACUUCUGACUAGAUCUGAGAAAAGCCAGACCAUAGGAAACAAAACCGAAGAAGCCAUAUCUGAAAGAGUGUAUGCAGAACAAACCAAAAUGCAUACUCGGAUUGCAACUGUAGAAAUAAUUCUGUGAGCAAAAAAAAGACUAGGAAAUCGAUAUUGUGCUACAAUAAAAGUUUCUGGAAAAUGGCACCCGGGUUAUAAUUCUGAGUUUGCCAAUCUCUCAAACAAGCUGCUUUGGUCCUUUUCAUUCUUAGAUCCAAUCAGAUUUGGCUUGGAUUUGUAUCUUGAUUCUGUAUCUUCUGUUACAAGAAAUGUAUGUGCAGAAAAUCCACUGGCUUAUCUCUCAGUUGGACACAUACAUGCGUUUGUUGCCUGUGUAACUCAUCCAAGAGCAGCUAUUGAAUUCUUCAAAAAAAGGAAAGAAGAACAGAUCUUAAGUAUUUAGUGAGUCUAAACUUGAGCUUAUUUGGACAUUGAUAUGGGUACACAUGUACAUUGCGGAGGCCUCACCAAAUUUGAUGUCUGCUUUGUUGGAAAUGUUUUACUUUUUAGAGUCAGAUUCAUCAACUAGUGUUUCAUAAACAUGUUUGUUGUCUCUCUUGUUUAUGUUCAAAUUAAGCCAAUGUUUUUGUAUUAUUUGUUUAUAGGUCUUUUCUGCUUGCGUGUGUAAAGGUUUCUCCUUUUUUUUCUCAAGGUGAAUACAACCAGAAAGGAAUGUAUGUAUGCUGACAAGUGUUGGUAAAAGUUUCUUUCACAUAACUUGCCUGUCCAGCUGUCAUUAAAAAGCAAUGAUAUUUCUGUUUACUUGGCCCCAUGUCUUCACAAUGAUCACAUUCUGUACAUGUACAUUGGUUUGAAAUCAUAAGCUGUUUGGCUGAAAAAAAAACAGAAGUCGCCAUUUUGGCAUGGACGUGGUAGUCGUACACCCAUGCCCAUAGCCCUUUACCGUGAGAGUAGCGCCACCUUCGGACUUUGGAACCAGAACGGCUGUUCAUUAUGUGUUGAGUACAGCUUUCAGCUUGCACUGACACCUAAUCCACCAUUUUGGUUGGAACAGUUGUGACACCCAUGUCAUAACGCUCCCUAUAAAAACAGCUCUGCCCAUGCCCAGUGAUUUCAUAAGUAUUUAGUGUCUGAAUAACCUUGCAGCAGCUGAAGUGAGACGUGCGCUGGGAAAUUAUGUACAUGCAUUUCCAUCAUGCUUAGUGAGUCAUUUUCAGCUGAUUCCGGGUAAAUAUGUACGCUGCACGGUUCUACUCCUCUCUCAUCGUAGUAAAGUAAAGAGCACCUUCUCUACUUCACAGAUUGUCCCCAUUACUGAUAGGAGUGCAGUGUGCGACCUUUAACCUUCAUAUUUUUAGUUUGCCAAUGUUAUUGAAUUUGUUGAGAUGUUAUUUCUACUAAAUUUAAAUUUGUCUCUUGCCUUAUACACGUGCUUCACUUGGAAGGGGGUUGGCAUUGGUGACUGCUUACACAUGUAAUUUCCACAUUGGGUAUAAAAUCUUCCAGCUCCUAAAAUCCAAUGUUCAGUUGUGUAUUUUUUUUUCAAAUAUAUUGUAGGUAUGUUGAGUUUUGAAAAGGUUCUGUCGACUGUGUGGGGUUUUUUUAGUCUCUUCUGUAUUUCGGUAUUCCUGUGCAACGCAUUGUUUGUCAAAUUGUAUUCAUUAGUAAACUGAAGAAAGUUUUUUAAAAAAGUAUUUCACAGAUUUUGGAAGAAUCUGCUGGCUGAAAAAUGUAAUGGUAGUCAACAAUUUCUGUCCGAAUUUUAAGCCCUUACUGUUACAGUUGAGCAAGUUUGAGAUGAAUUUGAUUGAAUUUACGGUCCCUCCUGUCCACCCUCAAGAAAUCGUCACUUUCUGAACUGAACUUAACCCGAUAGAGUCUAGUUGCCAAAAAAAAGGUUGCAUGUUCACGUAUUUAAAAACUUGAACAGUUGUGUGGUAAUUGUGGGGGCUUUUAUUGGUCUGUUUCAGAUGAACAUUGCCUGAUUAAUUCUUUGACACUUGAGCCCCAGACUUACCAGAAGGUAUGCUGUUAUACCUUAGCAGGUAGCAAUGAACAUAGUUCACUUUGUCCGUCGAACUGAGAGCUUACAUGCCUCCAACAUGGCGCUUUUUUAUAUCACAUAUACUAUUUUUGCUGCAAGAUUGUCUAAAAUGCAAUGAAAUGUAUACAUUUAUUAACAGACAACAAAAAAGCUGUACAAACUGUUUUAAAUUGUUCAUCUUAUAUCUUCUGCACUGAUGCAACAUGUUGGAGGGAAUUUACAUAAGAAUUGAUAGUAUUUUUGUUAUAUUUGGGGGGGAAAAACCAGUGUAUUGGAAUUAGGGAACCAUAUGAUUGGUUCGUUCAGGAGAAAAAUGUAUUUUGUGUAAUUACGUUUUAUAUGAAAAAUAUAUAUGUAUAUUGUAAUGCAUCAACUUUGGUAGCAAUAAGGAUUGUUCUCCUGCACAUUUGAACAAAAAAGGAAAUUGUCACAGUGAAGACACAUUGAUCCAUCCCCUGUCAACAUGAGAAGGCCCAUUUUGCAAAGUCAUACAUGCAUGUAGAUGUGUCCAGCAUUUGUUCAACUGUAUUUUGUGUGCAACACAAAUUGUCGCUCUUUUUUAGUAUUGCUGUUUUUAUUUGCUCCUUUUGACAAGUUUGCUAGCUCCUACCAUGUCACAACCCCUCUGAGGUUGUCACUGUAAAUUCUGCUCGUAAUCUGAAGUCAGAAUAACCGUCAUGUUGUUUCCUUUUUUCACCCUUGCUUACCCGUGGCCCCUUGAUGUUGGAGGGAUACUGUUUGUUUUCUGUUAUGAUUUGUUGUUUGUUUUUUAGUUGGUUAUGUGGUUCUUUCGCCCAUGACAGUUGUGUCUGACAAUCUUGAAGUUUAGCUAGAAGGCAUGAGCUUCAAAGAAGCAAUUGAACUGCCGAACUUUUUGCACCCCCCCCAAAAAAAGCCCCCAAAAGGUUGAUCAAACAACAGGGUUUGGUUUUGUUGCCAUAUCAAAGUAAGAGGAGACAAUCACUUUCUGACUUCUGUUCUUCAAUUGGCUCUGUCCCCAGGGUUGGCCCAUGAGGAAGAAGCCAUGAAGAAAUUGGCAGGCAGUAUGUGACAUGUGGAGAGUUGAUGCAUUGAAACUGCAUAACAGAAAUUAUUCGGGGAUGACAGGAAAGAAUGUUCCACAUAUUUAGUUGCUGUGGUCCAGUCGCUUUUGCUGAAUUAUUUCCAAGACAUCUACCAGCAAACCUUGCGUUAUUUCAAUAAAUUGUGAACAGUUUUCACAUUUAGGGGGUGUGCAUGCCUCAAGUUUGGUCUCAAAACAUGCCAACCUUCUCAAGUGUGAUGUUAACACCUGUUUUCCUCACCCAUUCUGUUUGGUUUUGUUAUACUGGAUACACCUUGAUGUGUUGAACUUUUUUUUUCUUUUUGGAGGAUUCAUUUUUGUACUUGGAUUAACUUGAAAUGCAGGGAAUUUAUUUUCAUCCUAGACUCAAUGUGGUAUUUACAGAAUUGAAAAUACAUUAUUACAUUAAGUAACAUUUGAA